AAUCAGUGCUAUAUAAACCAAGUGCUGCAUCAUGAGGCAGAAGAGCAUCCAGUAACGGCUGAAGCUGAUUUGUUUCAUCGUCAGAGCAAGAUGACCUCAGUUCUUCUUCUCACUCUGUUUAUGUGUGGGUUUGGAAUAGGAGCCACUUUAAUCCAAUUAAACAAUGAUCCACAACAAUUGGGAUCAGAACGAGAGAAUAGCCCACAGGAGGACCCAGAUGAGGGCUUUGGAGGCCCAGAUGGCUUACUGAGACCAAGAACAUCAAACGCAGAAAACAUAGAACCAGAAAAUCCAGGAUAUGACCCAGAAGUAUCAGCACUUUCUUGUAAGUGCCCUGCCGGUUGGGCAUUUUUUCAAGGCAAGUGUUACAAGUUUUUUGAAGACAAAAAGGAUUGGAUUAAAGCUGAGAAACAUUGUAUUGAACUUGGUGGAAAUCUGGCAUCCAUCCGAAACUCCUUGGAGUUGGCAUUCAUAAGAUAUUACAUCUUCCUUGAAGCAGGAACUAACGAAAGAACAUGGGUUGGAGGUCAUGAUGCCGUGGAGGAAAACCACUGGCUUUUUAGCGAUGGUACGAAAUUUGAAGUCGAAGACUUAUGGGGCGAUGGAGAACCAAAUGACCUUCAAGGUGAAGACUGCAUGGAUAUCAACUUCAGAGGUUUUAUUGUAAAUGAUGAAGGUUGUGAAAGACACUCAGCCUACAUCUGCAAGAAAAACCUUCACUAA